GCAGAUGUUCCUUAAUCCAGUUGAAUUUAUUUAUGAAACUGUGUCGUGUCUCAAGAUUAUCUCCUAUAUUUAAAUAAUACCUCUCAGCCUUAGAACAUUCCUGUGAAUUGCUUUAUCCACGUAUCGUAAGGCCCGCAGGCAGAAGCCCUUAAAAACAAAUAUAAGUGUUGCAUAUGCCAUCCGCUACAGCACGAGUGAGUGAGCAACCCCAUUGUAAAGGAACGCUAUUAUUCAAGUGCCACGUUGUCCUACUCAUGACAGAAAGAGUAAAAGGUGAAAAAGACAGGUGAAACUGAAAAAGUGCGUACGGUGUAGGAAACCUAUCAGUUAACCCCAGUCGAAUAACGUACAAAGGUACAAUUAUUGUACCUAAACUUGGCGCUAUUAUAAAGUUGAGAAAAGAAAUUUCUACAGUGCCAUGUUGUCGUACCCAUGACAGAAAGUGCGCACGGUGCAAGAGACGUGCCAGACGACCCCCGAGUCGCACGUCAUGUUCAAGGAGCUGCUGCAGUUCAAAGUCGCCGUCAGCCUCUGCUCUGCCUUCGGUGGGGCUCUCGCCCUGCCGGGCAACCGCACGGAGCUUGAGAGAGCCCUGAAGAUCGCCAACAAGAGUGUGUCCGAGUGUUCAGGCCCAAGUGGGCCACUCACAUGGCUCGACAUGACGGACGAGUGGCGGGAUGGGCGGUGGGAGCGAGUGAGCAACGGGCAGCAAGUGACAUUUUUCAACUGGAGCAAAGGUCAGCCCAACGGCGGCCAGAACGAGAACUGCGCAGUGAUGCGCCCACAUGGCGGUUGGGCCGACAACAGCUGCGCUAAAAGCUUCAAAGUCUGCACCCUCUGCAAGCUCAAUGUCCCAGUCUUCCUUAGACUUCGCGGGAUCUGCGAGGCGGUAUUUUACGACGACCGCUUCGUGAUGGACGGCGACAAGAACAAGAAACCCCACUUCCGCGGCUAUUAUCGCUCCGAGUUAUACUACGACUCCGAACUGCGAACAUGGAGGCUCCAGAACACCGGGGACGAGAACACCCACGCCCUUAUGGUGGUGGGGAGCAAGAGCCUCAGCUACCCCAUCGGCAGGAAUUUCUGGAAGUUCACCCAUGGCUUCUGUGGGUCUGCGGCUGGGGAGGUCGUGAGCCUCACGCUGACGCAGUGCAAGAAUGGGGAGGAGUUCACCUGCAACGAUGGGGCUUGUGUGCCGCUGGUGCAGGUAUGCGACCGUCGGGCACAGUGUCGGGACCAGUCUGAUGAACUGGACUGUACCCUGGCCAUCGUCCCCCACGGAUACCAGCGAACCCUACCGCCACCUUCUUCUUCAGAGGCCAGUGAUGGUAGCUUCGAACCUACCUACGUCUACCUCAACAUAACCAUCGCAUCCUUCUACGCAAUUCAGAGCGUGGGCAACCGCUUCAAUGUCGAGCUGAAGCUGCGCUUUAUUUGGAUGGACCCAAGACUUAAGUUCAAAUAUUUAAAAGACGACAGAGAGCUGAACAUAUUGCAGCCCCAUGAGAUGAAUGAAUAUAUCUGGGUCCCAGAGAUCAGUUUUAUAGACUCGGAAGGCAACAACAACUCUGUUGUGGACUCCAAAACUAAGAUAACAGUCGAGAAACUGGGCAGCCCUGAGGAAGAUGACGUGCAGCGGUCCCGUGAAGCUCGUAUCUACCGUGGCAACGACACGUGCAUACGUGUAGUUCGUAUCUACAACCUCUGGUUUCGCUGCAACUUCAACUUUUUCUACUUCCCCUUCAACACGGACUACUGCACCAUGACCUUCCAGGCCAACAAAAACACCAAGAACUACGUCAAGCUCAAGAAAUACGGUCGUGGAUUGUGGUAUGAGUACGCAGAUCAGCUACCGAAGUACAAGAUUUCCGACAUUUCGUUUGAGGAGAACGAAAAUCCGGAGCUGUACAGCAGCGUUACCGCGACCAUCAAAAUGGAGCAUCUCUUUGCCAACGAGAUCAUGACGAUAUUCGUGCCAACAACUCUGAUCAACACCAUUGGUUUCGCGACCUUCUUCUACAAGUGGUUUGAUUUUCAAAACAGGAUGGUUAUUUCUCUGACUUCUCUUCUAGUUCUGUCAACGUUCUUCUCUCAAGUCAGCACCACCUUGCCUGAAACCUCCUACCUGAAGCUCGUUGACAUUUGGUUUCUCGUUUCCAUCAUCUAUUGUUUCGUUAUCAUUACGACCCAUGUGAUCAUCGAAUAUUUCCACGAAUACAGCAAUCCGUCGGAAAUGGCCAGCAAAAAAUUAGAAGAGUAUCCGGUUGAGAACGCAUCCGUUCUGCGUUCUGCAGCAUCAACGGACGUCGAACGUUCCGCCGGUGCAGAAAAUGCUCCGCGAAAUUCUGCGACUGAGGCCAAAUGCCACCAACCCGCCGUGUUCCGUGACCCUUACGCGACACCGAAGAAAAUUGAUAAAUGGGCCUUCCGUCUCGUGAUCAGCUCCUAUGUGGUGUUCUCCAUCAUAUUUUGGGCUGUACCCAUUUGGCAGAAAUUCAAACCUGAUUCAAUAUUUAUGUAAAAUUGUGUCGGGCAUCAUCCUUGGUCAAUGAGGUCACAGGGCGGUCCAAUGGUUACAGUUCAGAGUACCAAGAUUGGAGCAGAAA